CGCCCCAACCGCACAUUCGCUCGUUCGCUUCGUUCGAAGGCAAGCUCGUAACGCUCGAGAUUUUGGAAACCGUGCGGAGUAUUUGGAAUUUGGUAUCAACCUGCGACAGACAAACAACAGUCACUGUUUGUGGUCGUAACAUAAGUUCUUAGACAACCGCGUUUUGAUCGACUGUUAACUACGGUUAUUUCAAUAUCCUUAAUCGAGCCAAUUGCGAGAUCGGCAGUGAAUCUUUACGAGGAAUUCAGGCCGAGCAUAUCAAGGGAGUUUGCGUUCAAGUUUCGACAGCAAAAGUCUCAAUCUUUCUACCCGUGGCAGAAAAUUUUCUGUGAAAAUCUCAUUCUCUCAUAACUUUGUAUUUCCAACCGUGAGAAGUUACCAAAAACGUGAUGAUGGCCGUCGCUGCUGCUCAAAAGAACCGUGAAAUGUUCGCCAUCAAGAAAUCAUACAGCAUCGAGAAUGGUUACCCGGCACGCCGUCGUUCCCUCGUGGACGACGCGAGAUUCGAGACUUUGGUUGUCAAGCAAACGAAGCAGUGCGUACUCGAGGAGGCUCGCCAACGGGCCAAUGACUCGAGCGCGGAUCAGGCGAUCGUUUGCUCCCAGGAGCAACAGCCGCGAGACGACGAGCGAUACAACGAUGCGUCAUCGAGCGACGACGAACAGGUGGAAACGCUGACUCGCGCCGCACAGGAAGGAGAAGCCAAGGCUGAGGCCUCCUCGUCGGAUAGCGAGGGCAAACCCGAUGACGACGACUCUGGAUUGACCGAGGAAGAGGUGGUCCUGGCGAAAACAAUCGCCGAAACACCGGAGGGCGAGAACGCGGUGCAGAAGGCCGUUUUGGUGCUCCGCAUGCGCGAAGGUAUCAGCUCGUUGGCCAGGAUACUGAAGUCGAUCGAGAACUUCAAGGGGGUCGUCGAACACCUGGAAUCCCGACCUUCGAAGAAAGAGGGGAUGCAAUUCGACGUGCUGGUCAAGGUCGAUAUGAACAGGCAGAGCCUGCUGCAACUGAUAAGAAAUCUGAGGCAAAGCUCGUCACUCGGUGGGGUCUCGUUGCUCGCCGACAAUUCCGUCAGCAUCAAGGACCCGUGGUUCCCACGUCACGCUUCCGAGCUCGACAAUUGCAACCACCUGAUGACCAAGUACGAACCUGACCUAGACAUGAACCACCCCGGUUUCGCUGACAAGGAGUACCGUGCCCGUCGAAAGAUCAUCGCCGAGAUCGCGUUCGCCUUCAAGUACGGAGACGAGAUCCCCAACAUCCCCUACACCGAGACGGAGAACACCACCUGGACUCGAGUGUUCAACACCGUGUUGGAUCUCGUCCCGAAGCACGCCUGCCUCGAAUACGUGAGGUCGUUCAAGCAGCUGCAGGAAGAACGGAUCUUCGAGGCUCACCGUAUCCCGCAGCUGCAGGAGGUCAGCGAGUUUCUUCAGAAGAGCACCGGAUUCACCCUGCGCCCUGCUGCCGGACUUUUGACCGCCAGAGACUUCCUCGCCAGUCUCGCAUUCAGAAUAUUCCAGAGCACUCAAUACGUUCGCCACAUAAACAGCCCGUACCACACGCCAGAGCCCGACUGCAUCCACGAACUCCUCGGGCACAUGCCGCUGCUCGCCGACCCGAGCUUCGCCCAGUUCUCCCAGGAGAUCGGGCUCGCCUCCCUGGGUGCGUCCGACGAGGAGAUAGAGAAGCUUUCGACCAUUUACUGGUUCACCGUCGAGUUCGGUCUCUGCAAGGAGGGCGCAGAGGUCAAAGCUUACGGAGCGGGUCUGUUGUCGGCUUACGGUGAACUUCUCCACUCUCUGAGCGACAAAUGCGAACACCGACCCUUCGAGCCGUCGACGACCGCGAUCCAGCCUUACCAAGACCAGGAAUACCAACCGAUCUAUUACGUGGCCGAGAGCUUCGAGGAUGCCAAGGAGAAGUUCCGCCGAUGGGUAGCGACGAUGAGCAGGCCGUUCGAGGUCAGGUUCAACCCGCACACUCAACGCGUCGAGGUCCUCGACAGCGUCGACAGGCUCGAGGGUCUCGUCGCCCAAAUGAACACCGAGAUGGUCCACCUCACGAAUGCUCUCAACAAACUAAAGGCGUCGAGCGCGUAAGCAAAACGACGAUGACCGCCAACGCGACCCAAAGUCAACUCACCCACGCCCCCGCACCCCCAUCACUAUCGCUGUCGAGCCCUGGUAUUCACAUAAUUUUCAUCCCCUUUUUCGCUUCAUAUUUCCAUUCAUGCAUUUGUUCUCCAUACUUCCUCCGACCGCACUGUCGGCUUUCAAUUAUGUAGGAUAGUUUGGGGGGCUCCGUCGCUAGUGUGACUGCAGGCGACGGGUCUUGACAACGUCAAACUGACUGAUGCCGUCGUCAAGACUUGCCUUCGAGGCUAACGUACAUGCAAAACCGAACGUACACCAACGUCAUCAUCGCCUAUCGUCUCCACCUCGUGUAUAAAGUCGCCAUUUAUUAUUAUUAUUAUUAUUACCAUUACCAUUACUGAUAUUGUUAAUAUUGACAUCGCCGUCAUUAUUAUUAUUAUUAUUAUUAUUGUUAUGAUUAUUUUAUCGGAUUUUAUUUUAUUCGUCCACCCGCGACACUUAUUGCACCCGAACCGAGUGAUCAGAUGUGUUCGUUUAUUUUCACUUAUUUCUUACUUCUCGGUGCAAUGCGCUCAUGUGAUUUGCCGCGAAAGUCAGUGAACCCAAUUUUUGUUGUCACUACCGCGUAGUCACCGAAUAAUUCUAUACAUGUUAGUUUAUCUACGACAAGUUCGCGCGGAUAAAUCCGCUAUUCGACGAUGAUCUUCGAUUGAAUGUGUAAACUUUGCCCGAAGUAGUGUAGAAUGAAAAAUUAUGAUAUGCUAGUAUUAUCGGUGUUUUACGUAAAAAUUGUUCGCUGCUGGUGACAAUGAUGAUGAUAUAAUGAAUAUGAUCGUAGUCGCUCGUACACCAGUUAAAGGUAAUCGUCUCUCGCGGAUUCGACAAGGAACGCGAGAUUUAUGUUCAACUAUGAUAGAGAUAUACACCUUGUAUAAAUAUGUAUACAUACCAUGCGUACCCAAGCGUGGGUAGAUCCACGCUUGUAAAGUACCGUAAUGCACAACCCCCUUUGCUCAUUGUUACAUACCGCAUGAAACGUUAUUACGACACACGCACACCAAUACGAUUCCAUCGAGUCCCCUAUAUGUAUUGUAUCUAUCGUAUAUCAACCUAAAGUUAUCUAGCCACAAGUGUAUUAUCAAUGAUUUGGUUUGUAUCAUAUUGUAGAGGCGAGCAUAAUAAAAAUUGAGAUAUGAAUCUUA